CUUCGAAGUUGAUGCGUAACGCAAUAGUUAACAACGAAUUUUCGAAAUGAGAGAUCAGAAAAGAUGGAUUUUAGCUGCGGUUUGCAUUUUGCAAAUUACGAAAUGCAUCUCUGGAGACGGAUCAUCUGAAAGUGUUCACUUACUCACUGAAAAUGUAGUGACAACUACAGAAUACGUUGCAGAUUUAAAAGUGAUAAAGGACGAAAUCGCUGCCAACUUUGAAGAGGUUGACUUUGUUAACUUAAUGAUUUCUUCAGGGGAUGGAAUGCCAGUUGUCAUAGAUGUCCCAAGAGGCACUGCAGUUGUAGAAUUUGUAAAGGAAAACGAUGUAGAGCAGAAAAUAGCAGUUAAUAAAGAUAUAGAAGAAAGUAUUUUAAGUAGCAGCACAAAAAAUUUUCAACUGGACACUAAGAAAAUGAUUGAUAUUAGUGAUUCCAAAGCAGUAUUCGUAACUGUUGAAGAUGCUAUAACGACCAUUUCAACAGUUUCGCAUGAUGACUAUAAAUUAAAAACUUACACCGAAAAUAUAUUCGAUGAGAACAAAGUGAAUAUAAAAUAUGAAACAGAGACAUUUACAUCAAUGAAUCCAGAAAAUUGCGAACAGGCUUGUUUAGAUGGAACUAUUACGGAAUGUGAAUGUCCAAAAAAUAUUAUAACAAGUGAAAGCAUAAGCAAAACAAGAUCUACAGAGUGUGAUAAAGAAGAUACUGAGGAUGAGAAAAGUUCCACUACAGAAUCAGAACACAUUACAACAACUAUAACUACUGAACAUGCUGACGUUGUGGAAGAGACCACUAUUGAACCGGAUCGAACUACAAUAACUACAACUAGUAAUGUGGUUGAAGCGCAUGUCGGGCAAACUUGUUCUAUUAUUGGAAAUACUCCACAUGAGAGCGAUUGUCAUUCCUAUUAUUUAUGCUCACUUAACCCACUGACGAAUCGAUUUGAGCUGGGAUUAAAAAAGUGUCCAUUAGGUACAGCAUACAGUCUAGAACUCGAUCGCUGUGCAAGAGACUUAUCAGCUUGCAGUGAUGACGAUUUUAAUUGUACGUUUUCCGGACCAAUUCCUGAAUUUCAUAGAAAUGAUUCAUAUUAUUUGUGCAUACCGCAUGUCACAGGUGUUGAAGGCUUUUACAAAUUUCAUAUCAUUUGUCCAGUUGGAAUGGUUUAUAAUGAGUUUCUUGAAAAAUGUUUCUAUGACUUCAAUAAUCUGAAUAACUUAGUUGGCAUGGUUGAUGAGAAAGCCAGUGAUGAGGAUGUGGUGAGCCAUGAGUUAAAGGAGUAUAAAAUGAUUGUAAAAACAGCACUCAAAACUCAAAAAUUGAAAGCAAAAGUUGAAAAAAAAUUGGAAAAGGAAUUAGCGAAGAAAGCAAAAAAGGAUGCUAAAGCAAAACUGAAAGCGAACAAUGAAACUUUUGUUUGCACCGAAGAGGGACAGUUUGGUUCAAAUUCAGAUCCAGCAAUGUAUUUUAUGUGCAUCAGUAAAAAAGGACAGCUGUCGGCAAUCCCUAUGCUGUGUAAUGUUGGUCAAGUAUUCGUACCAAAUGAAGGAUCUUGCGUAGUGCCUGAAGUAGUGGGUUCCUAACCACUAGAUACUU